ACUCCACCCAUAAAUGACUUUCUGCUCUCGUGAAGCAACAUGGCGAUUUGAAGUUUUGUUCAAGAUGUUCUUAAAGAACUGGUUUAUCUAGAUGAGCUGCAGAUUCAAUUUUCUUCGAGGAAGAAAGCACUGCAGGUUUAAUGGUACUGCCUUCAUUGCAGCAGAUCACUUUCACUUUGACGACGGAGAGAGAUGAACUGAACUUCAGCUGAACAUGGAGCUGCUUAUGAUCCUUUUAGUGACUGUAAUUCCAGUUAUAUCUGACGGGUUGAGUGUGCGCGGUCCGUCUGCUCCUCUGGUGGCUCCUCUGGGAUCUUCAGUGGUUUUGCUCUGUUCUGUUGAUGAACCUUUACCAGUGGAGGGUCUGGAGGUGGAGUGGAGAAGACCAGACUCAGAGACUCUGGUUCAUCUGUAUCAGGAUGGAGCGAGUCAAACAGAAGUCCAGCAGCAGGAUUAUCAGGAUAGAGCUCAUUUCUUCACUGAAGAGAUUCAACAUGGAAACUUCUCCCUCCGUCUGGACGAUCUGAGAGCUGAAGAUGAGGGACAAUACACAUGUACAGUUCACGGUCAGCAGGAUUCUGGAGAAACUGUGGUUCAAAUAAACAUUGAUGUUGAGCGUUUGCUAGUAUCAGGAUCGAGUCGCUCCAUAUCUGCGUCUGUGGGUGAAGACGUCACUCUGAACUGCUCUGUAUCUCACAUCACACUUGAAGACAUUGAAGAGGUUUCAUGGAAGAAAACAGAUGAAGAUGAAGAAAUUCAGGUUCUGCUCUACCAAGAUAAUGAGAUUUUACCAGAGGCAUCAGAUCAGCGAUACAGCGACAGAGUUGAGUUCUUCAGAGACGAAAUCCCCAAAUUUAACUUCUCUCUCAGACUGAAGAGCGUCAGAACUGAGGAUAAAGGAGUUUAUAUGUGUGAGGUGUUUGCUGGAGGACUCUCAGCCAAUACAACUGUAGAACUGGAGCGACUGGGUUUCUCUGUUUCACACAUCAUGGUGUUGAUUCUCUGUGUUUCUGCGUCUGGAUCUGCACUCCUGCUCUGCUGCCUGAUCUACUGCAGAUCACUGCAUAAAGGUUUCUUUGGCCAGCAAACCUAUAACCAUCAAUUUAAUCUGGGAUCUUCAGUGGUUUUGCCCUGUCAUGUUGAUGAAUGCUUAUUAAAGAAAAAUCUGAAGGUGGAAUGGAGGAAAAAAGACUCAGAGACUCUGGUUCAUCUGUAUGAAGAUGGUGAGAGUCGAGCGCAGCAGGAUUAUCAGGAUAGAGCUCAUUUCUUCACUGAUCAGAUUCAACAUGGAAACUUCUCCCUCUGUCUGGACGAUCUGAGAGCUGAAGAUGCCGGAGAAUACAUAUGUAAAGUUCACAGUGGCCUUUUUACAGUGAACAGGACAGCAGAGACAAGUUUGGUACCACGAUUCAAUGUGAAAGGUUCCUCUGGUAAUAAUAUGGUUCCUCUUGGAGAGUCAGUGGUUUUGCUCUGUCAGGUUGACAAAAGCUUGUUAGAGAACAGUCUGAAGGUGGAGUGGAGAAGAGCAGACUCUGAGACUCUGGUUCAUCUGUAUGAAGACGGUGAGAGUCGAGCGAAGAAACAGCACAAAGAUUAUCAACACAGAGCUCAUUUCAUUACUGAUGAAAUUAAAGAUGGAAACGUCUCCCUCCGUCUGGACAAAGUGAGAGCUGAAGAUGCUGGAAAGUACACAUGUAAAGUUUACCGUGAGCAGGAUUGUGUGCAUUCAGCCGAUGCAGAGCUCGAGAUGCUGGGGUUUGAUGUUAAAUGUCACAUACUUGCUCCUCUGGGAUCUUCAGUGGUUUUGUCAUCUCAUGGUCAGAAACCUUUACCAGUGGAGGGUCUAAAGGUGGAAUGGAGAAGAACAGAUGUAGACUCAGACUCAGACUCAGACUUCUCAGACUCAGAGACUUUAGUUCAUCUGUAUCAAAAUGGUAAGAGUCGAGCAGACAAACAGCAGCAGGAUUAUCAGCACAGAGCUCAUUUCUUUACUGAGGAGAUUCAACAUGGAAACUUCUCCCUCCGGCUGGACGAUCUGAGAGCUGAAGAUGAGGGAGAAUACACAUGUACAGUUUACAGCAAAAAGAAACAUGUGAUCUCAGCCAAGACAAAUCUGAUACUGAGAUUACUAGAUCCAGUCUUCCGUCUUCACAUGUCUCUAGUCUUCUGUCCAAAUGUUCUGAUGCUUCUAGCUUUUGUCCUCUGGGGUGUUUCUGAAGGAUCUGUGAGUGAGACGGUCUGUUGUUGUGCUCUUUAUUUUCUGAGACCUCUCCUGUUGCUCUGGGCGGCUCCGUAUAUUAAUAAUUUUACAGGCAAAAUUAACUCAUUGAUUCUGAAAUACAGUUAUGUGGUGGAAUAUUUAGCUCUCUCAGUUGUUGUUUAUUCAGCUCUUUUUACAAGUGCUUGGCAAAAACUUCUGAAUUAUGAUGUGUUUGAAAGAGCCAUGAUAAUAGUGCUGUUUGUAAUAGUGUUUGUGUGCUGCCUCUGUAAAAUCAUUUACAUUUUAGUUACAGAGGUUGGGAAGAAAAGUGGACGGAUAGUUAAAAUAUUUGGUCUUGUUGCUGAUAUGACGUUUCAAAUUCUGCCGACUUUACAAUUCAUCCUCCUCUUCUACACGUUUGGAGCUGCCGGUGAAGCAGGGUUGAUCAUGAUUGUGGUUUUACCAGUGUUACUGAUGAUGAUGACAAAUGACAGAUGGCUUUAUAAAUGCUUUCGGCUCGGCUUAUCAGAAUCAGUCGUGAGGACAGUGAUGUUAAUCUUCAUAUUAGUGACCAAUGUAUUGAUGAUCGGCCUUUACAUAUUCACUCUGGAAAAUCAAACAGAUCCGAUCGGAUGGGGCUGUGUGAUGGUGUUUCUGCAGAUACUCUGGACUGUUAUGUACUUCACAGAUGCUACGUUCUACACUUUUCUCAGGUUGUCUCGAGAUUUCCAGCGUUAUGUUUCUGUGUAUGUGUUUGGAUCAGUGGCUGUAGUUUUACUGAACUCUGCUGCAUUAAUAACUGAACUGAUCCUCAAAACAGUGAACGGUGAUCGUAUGAUGGCAGAUCUGAGGUUCAUCGUCUUUCCUUCUGAAUGUUUAUUUGCUGUAUCUCUGCUGAUUUCUGGAUUCUCAGGAUCCAAGAUCGCAGGCUGUCUGAAGUCUUGUCAGACCAAGGUGAGAUCUAUACGAGUCAGAAGAUCAUCACAGCAGAACCAGAGCACAGAGAUGAAUCCUCUGAAUGCUGGAGAUCAGGAGCGGAUUCAGCCGGAUUCAGUGCUGGCUCAGACAUGAGAGAGAGAUUAUUAUUAUUAUUAUUAUAACACACUGCUGUUUGAUCAGAAUCUCAUGUGUUUCUACACUGAUCCGCUGAGUUCAGUGUAAUGAUGUUAUUCUCUGUUAAUAUCACUGUUUUUGCACUGAGAGAUUGUAUUGUGUGAGUGUUUACUGUUUGUUUAGUUUUUUUGUAAAUAGCUGUAAAUAUAUGCAGGCUGUGUUUUAGUGUGUCACAACACUUUUACUUUGUAUAUAUUGAAGGAGAGGAUGAAGUGGAUGCCGCCCUGAUCAUAUCCUUUCCUCUGAUAUGAAUUAUUUCAUUAAUAUAUUGUGUGAUUAUUAAUCAAGUUAUUGAUCAGUAUUUAACCACUUGGUUUGAUGCAAGAGUGGAAUGUGUAACAGUAAGCCUUUACAGGGCUGAGUCUAUCUCCUUCCCAGGUCACAGGGCCAUGUCAGAGACGUCAGGACGACCUCCCAUCUAUGUGAGACACAAGAGACUGGACAACAGACUGUGAUAUUAAUGUAUCUGCUUGAUAUUAAGAAAUCCUGUUUUAGGCUGUACUUCUACUCUCUAAGCUGAGACUUGCAUAGUGUGUGUGUAACAAACCAUACUGAUAAAAUUCUAGCUAGGGCUAGACAGCCUUAACGUUCUGAUAAGUUUUCUGCAUAUGUGUGUUAGUAUCUGUCUGUACAGGGAGGAGCUCAGACAGUCCCAGGACAAACGUUCAUCUGCUGAUGUCCAGCGUAUCAGAUAUACGUCUGUGGAGAGACGUAUUGCGUCUGACCUCGGAUCACUUGUCACCAAAAUAGUUGUCAGAAGAUAUGGUUGAAUCGUUUAUAUCCAUAUGUGGAAACUGUAUAAGUUUAUCUAGGUUUUGGAACCAAUCAGAAUUUUGUCAACUUAUGCAUUGAUGCAAUUAGUAUCUUCUGUCGGGGUAUAAUUCUGGCUGAUUUUGAGUUGUACGCAGAGCGGCCUACGAACUUCGAGAGUACUGAAGCUGACUUCUUCUGAUGAAACUGCAAACCAUGUUCUUCAGUAAAUUUGUCUUUAAUUGAACGCA